CAGAGGCCUUCCCGCUAAGCUGGACGAGCUUCGAGCAUGUCCAAGCGCGAGCGCGAGGACGCAGAGGAGCAGGCGUUCUUCGACCGCGUCACGGACUUCCAGAAGCGCAAUUUUAAGUUCGUCCAGGUCGCUGCCGCAGCGGUCGGCGAGACCAACGGCGACAUGCCCAUGCCCGACUGGCCGGCUCCGGACGGAGGCUGGGAGGCCGAGGUCGUGCGGAUGCUCGAGCAAGGCUACUACCCCAACGGGCUCGUCGAAUUCCAGUCGGACAAGUUUUCGCCACUCCACCACGCCGUCGUUUGCAACCACCAGUCCAUGUGCGAGAUCCUUCUCGCCCAUGGCGCUGACGUCAACCUGAGCAGCUCGUUCGGCGACUACGAUCAGACACCGCUCCACGACGUGCAGAACGAGGCGAUCUGCAAGCUCCUGCUUGACGCUGGCGCAGUCGUCAACGCUCUCGGCGCGAGCGGCGACAGCACCUUGAUGACGGCUGCGGCCCGAGGCGACACGAAAGUUGUGCGCAUGCUGCUCGCGGCCGGCGCUGACCCGACCAUCUACGACACGACUGGCACCGCCGCAGCGGCAGCGCACCGCUCUGGGCACCUCAGCCUG